UGCGCACUUCCGUUGAAACCGCCUGAAGAGAGUGGGUGGAGUUUACGGCGCCGGUGGUCGGUGGGUGGUGCUGCAUCUUGGCUGGGUGCUGUCCAGAGGCGACUGGGAGCAGCUAAAGGGGCGAGCUGUGACCAGCUGGGCCGCACCUCGCCUGGGACUAAGCUUUGGCUCCUGUGUGACUGCGGCCUCCCCUUCAUGUCCGCCCUCGAGAAGAGCAUGCAUCUCGGCCGCCUGCCCUCUCGCCCCCCUCUACCCGGCAACGGAGGCAAUCAGAGCGGAGCCAAGAUGCGAAUGGGCCCUGGAAGAAAACGGGAUUUUUCCCCGGUAUCUUGGAGUCAGUACUUUGAGUCCAUGGAAGAUGUAGAAGUAGAGAAUGAAACUGGCAAGGAUUCUUUUCGGGUUUAUAAGAGUGGUUCAGAGGGUCCAGUCCUACUCCUUUUGCAUGGAGGAGGCCAUUCCGCCCUUUCCUGGGCUGUGUUCACGGCAGCGAUCAUUAGCAGGGUUCAAUGUAGGAUUGUAGCUUUGGAUCUGCGAGGUCAUGGUGAAACAAAAGUCAAGAAUUCUGAAGAUCUGUCUGCAGAAACAAUGGCAAAAGAUGUUGGCAAUGUAAUUGAAGCCAUGUAUGGGGACCUCCCUCCUCCAAUUAUGCUGAUUGGACAUAGCAUGGGUGGAGCUAUUGCAGUCCACACAGCAUCAUCCAACCUGGUGCCAAGCCUCCUGGGUCUAUGCGUGAUUGAUGUUGUGGAAGGUACAGCCAUGGAUGCUCUUAAUAGCAUGCAGAAUUUCUUACGUGGUCGUCCUAAAACCUUCAAGUCUCUGGAGAAUGCCAUUGAAUGGAGUGUGAAGAGUGGCCAGAUUAGAAAUCUGGAGUCUGCCCGUGUCUCCAUGGUUGGCCAAGUCAAAGAGUGUGAAGGAAUUACAAGUCCAGAAGGCUCAAAAUCUGUAGUGGAAGGAAUCAUAGAGGAAGACGAAGAUGAUGAAGAAGGAAGUGAAUCAGUAAACAAGAGGAAGAAGGAAGAUGACACGGAGACCAAGAAAGACCAUCCAUACACUUGGAGGAUUGAACUGGCAAAAACUGAAAAAUACUGGGAUGGCUGGUUCCGAGGAUUAUCCAAUCUCUUUCUUAGUUGUCCUAUUCCUAAAUUGCUGCUCUUGGCUGGUGUUGAUAGAUUGGAUAAAGAUCUGACUAUUGGCCAAAUGCAAGGCACGGAAAUUGAAGCUCAGAGAUCUGAAAUGACUUGCCCACAGCCACAGCUAGGACGUGGCAGCAUCUUUGUCUACUGAUCAUUUCACUACACCCCAGCAGAGAAGGAAACAUUCAACAACAUAUAUUUAAUGAGCACUUAUUAUGUGCUGGCUAUAACAUCCUUGAGCCUACAGAUCAGCACUAUGAACUCAGGGAAUAAAGAAGACCCCCACUCCGCCUUUUAAAAAAAUUAUUUUUUAUUAAUCUUCACAUGAGGACAUGCUUGGAGCGGGGAGAGGAGAGAGAGAUACAUCAAUUGGUUGUCUUUCAUACAUGUCCCAACCUGGGAUUGGAACCCACAACCCAGAUAUGUGCUCUGACUGGGAAUCGACACUUAACCAACUGACCCACUCUGGCUGGGAAAUCCCUGGACCUUUUAAGUGAGGAUUGCUGCACAGCCAGAAGGAGCAUGUUUGGGUCAAACCAAAGACCAUUCUGUCACACACACGCUGACGAAUACCCAAGGAGAACUUCCUGAAAAAUAGAAGGUAGGUGGCCCUGACUGGAUAGCUCAGUUAGAGUGUCGUCCCAAAAUGCCAAGGUUGCGGGUUUGAUCCCCAGUCAGGGCAUAUAACAAGAAUCAACCAUUGAAUGCAUAAAUAAAUAAGUGGAAAAACAGCCCUCCCUCUCUCUCUCCCUCCUCCCUCCCACCCUCCCACCCUUCCUCUUUCGAAUCUGGAUUUAAAAAGAAGGCAGGCAGAUCUAAUAGAAGGGGGAUCUCAAAGUUGAGAGGACUCAGACAAAGGCAUGAGGGGAGCUGGCAUGACUUGGUGUUAUCCUCAAACCUGCUGUUGGUGAGCAUUUGUUUGCUGGUUAAGCAAACCUGAGAACCUGUUCUGUGCAAAGCUUCUAGUGGAUUUUGGAGACAGAUACCAAUACAUAACAAGGCCCUUUAAAUUAGCUCACGGUCUAGAGAGACCGUUACAGAAACUGACCACAUUGUGCAAAGGACAAGAGGACAACCAAACCUUUGGAAACAGGUCAGAGACGGUUUCACAAAAGAGGUAGCAUUUGAGUUGAGCUUUGAAGCAUCAUCACACGGUGGAGGUAGGGAAGGAAGGGGAAUUCACUGCAGGUAGAGGCGACGGCAUACUCAAGCCCAGGAGACUUGGAAGUCAUUCUGAGAACUGGUAGAUUCACGUGAUUAGUGUGGCUGGAGUAGGAGGCAGACCCAAAGGCCUUGAGUGGCAAGAAUGGGGAGUUGUUUGCAGUGAAGGAACUCUAGUAUCCUGUGUAGCUGGAUUGGUCUGCACCAGACGAGAGGCAGGAGCUUGUAAAGGGGCAGUUGUAGGAGUCCGUGUAAAUGGCAACAGUACACUUAACUAGGACAACGGCUGCAGGGAUGAGAGGAGGCGACCGGCUCAAGAUUUUGGAUGUGAAAUGAACAAGACACCGAUUUGGACAGUGAGGUGCAAGGACCCUUAAGUUGGAUUCAAGGGCCUGUCAUCAGAACGGGGGAUAGGGAGUUAAAGGGUAAAGACAUUAAUAAGGAAAAAGCAAGAAGAGAGCCUACAAGAGUAGAGAAAGCAAAGGCAGCCACACUCUUCCCUGCAGGAACAGCGCGCUGUUUGUAAGCUUCCAGCCAACUCUCCUGCCCCAGCUGGCUGCCCAUCAGCAGCCAGAGUCAACACAUUCUCACUCUGGUUCCAAGGCUCAGAAAGUUAUGUAAACUCAAGAGACUCCCUUAUUCCUAGAGCUGGCUUUCUCUCCCAGCAGUUUGCUAGAAAACCCCAGCCUGUAGCCAGGCUAAACAUUGGAGCCUGCAACUAUCUGGUGGACGGAGGGAACAGUUAACUGAGUAGGGAACUGUGUGAUGAGGGAGAAAGUGUUUUUCCUGAUGAUCAAUGAUGAUGCCACAAAGCGAUGACUAAUCAAGCUUAGCCUAAGGACACAAUACAGCAUGUACCAUUUAUAAAGCACAUUUUCAUCCUUCGAGGUCUCACAGCUCCUCUGGAGUGGGUAGGGGUGGCAGAUUAGCAGUGCCAUCCUUCAGGUGAGAAAACGAAAGCUCUGAUAAGGGAAGUGACUUGCCCAAGGUCACACAAUUAGCACAGUCUGGGCUCGGAUUCAAGCCACAGAGCUCCCAGGCCAGUGCACACCUUAUCACUCCUACAUAUACCAGAAAAGAGAUGGGGAUGAGGCAGGUGAGAAGAUUGGGGCUUGCUGACAGAUACUCACUAGUGGUGACAGGCUCUCAGCCACCUACUAGCUGGGUGACCAUUGGCUAGUCACUUCUUUCAGAAUUUCUGGUUCCUUAUCCAAAAAAAAAAAAUAUGGGUUGAUAAUCCUUAAAUCACAAGGUGUCGGGAGGGUUAAAUGAGACUUAAGUAUUUAAAGUAUAAUCCAAAUGUGCUUCCUGGUGAAAAGCAGGAAAUGCCAUGUUGCUAAGACAAAGGAAUUCCAACAGGAGGGGAAACCAAGGCAAAACCCCUUAGAUCCAAGGUCCACUGGGUUCACUUCCCCAGCCUCACCAAGUGGGACUGCUCCCAAGCACAACAGGGAAUAAAAGAGGGAUGGGGUAGAGAGGAAGAAGGGAAAGAGACAGCCUCUACUUCCCGAGGGAGGGAAAGUUGUGAGGAUCUUCAGGUGAGAGACAAAGAUUAGAAGCAGCUGGUAGGGAGGCCUGCCUCACUCUGCAUCCGGCUCUGCUGCUAGCUGUGUGAACUUAAGGAAGUCUUUUCAUUGAGCCUCCUUUCCCUCUCUUGCCUUAUCUCAUACUUGUUGUGAAAGAGAAGGGAGAAUAAAUAGCUGGCACAGAGUAGGUACAAAGGUGUGUCUCCUCCCCUAGCCCUUGGCUGAUUUCACGGUGUUGCCAGAGUGUGCAGCACUCUGCGGGCAAGUGCCCCCUUCGUCCCACCCUCCCUCUCUCAUGGAUGCUCCCAGCUUGAGAAGCAAUGCUCCCAAACAGGGAACUCUUUGAGUGGUCCCAUGAAAGGGCAGUCUGUGUUGGCUGCUGUUGGCAUUGCUGGACAAGGGCCCCCCAGAAUCAACACCCUCUCACAUCCUCCUCCUGGACAGCUCUCCCUGCCCCCUUGUGUGUGAAAGGGGACAAGUGAGGUGACAACCGCUACCUCCAAAGGCACACUCUUUCCAUUGUAUUCCUGGAGCCCCAACAUGGAAGCCUUCAGUCUACUCUAUCCAUAGGGUUCUCCCCUUUCUCCCAGCUCCCAUGCUCCUUAGGGUGAGCACCCCACAGCUUUCCCCUUGAUUAUAUCUAAUUCUCUAUUCUCCCCCUUGGGCAUGUGCUAAUUUUGCUUUAAGAGCAGUGAGCAGACAGACCUCUUCAUUUUCUUGGAUUCUCAGGGAGCACCUAGCAUGGGGCUGGUCGCACAAUAGGUGUUCACUGUACAUCUGUGGAAUUGAGGUGAUUCAUUUGUGUAUUCAACAAAUACCUACAUCCUGACAGGGUUCCUAGCCAUUAGGCAUUAGAGGCACAAAAGACAGACCUUUCCAAAGCCUGGGGAAAUGUUGGAGACUCCUUUCAAAAGUUGUUGGCACCAAAAGAUAUGCUUCCAGUGGGAGCAAAGCAACCACAGCAAAACAACAUGUAAUGCAGACAACACAGGGCUAGUUAAGCUUUUUGGAGAUAGACCUGUAUUUGAAUCCUGCCUCUGUCACUUUAUAGCUAUGUACCCUCAGGCAAGUUACACAUUCUCUGUCUCUGUUUCCCUUAUCUGUAAAAUGGGGAUAACAGUGCCCAUCUCAUUGUGAGGACUGAAGAAACAAAUACACCUAAGUUCUUAGCACAGUGCUUGGGCUGCAGUAAAUAGUCAAUAUGUGGUUACUAAGGAUAAUGAUAGUAGUCAUUAUGUAAAGAAUAUGCCCUGGAGUAAAGCUUGUGAGGGAUAUAUAAUGCAAUGUCAGAGCCCAGGGUGGACGAAGCUGUUAGAAAAAUGGUUGAAGAACAGUACAAGAAAGAAAAAAAGAAAAUUAUAAAUAAGCUAUGCCCCAAGCCACGGUCAGUCCUACUUAUAAUUAGCUACCUACCCACUAAGCGAUGUUGGGGCCCCUCAGCCUCACCACUUUGUUGAAGGACUAGUCAGUUUCCCAGGGCAUAGAAACUCAUGCAAAUAUAAAAGAAUAAGGUCUUUCCACUCUCCGCCUGUGGUGCAAUGAAGGGACGUAGCUUUGAGAGCCAUCCAGUGGAAAGAGCACUACUGAGGGAGUCAGAAGACCAGGUCUCAGGCCAAGCUCUGCUUUGUCAUCCCAGGCAGGCCACUAACCAUUCUGGACUUGCUUUCUACAAUGCCUGCUCAUCUUUCUUCCCUGGUAGGUGAGGCUCAAGAGAAGGGACGCUGAAAUGAUUUUAAAACUAACAUACUGGCCAAAAGUAAGGUGGUACUAUUUGUAGCUCUAGGGAGAGUCAUUCCUCCCCACCCUACUCCUCUUUCUGCGCCUCUACAAACCCUUCCCAGGACCGCCCCAUGUCAUCAAGACUUGGCCAGCCUCUCCUUACCCUGAAGCCUCGGUGCUUUGCUCCUGUCUCCACCUAUAACUACGUUGUCUUGUGAUGAUCUGAGGGUCUGGGCAGGGUCGGCAUGGAAUUCUUUCCAUUCCUGGUGUUCCUAAAGGCCUGGCACUGAGCUCGCACCUUGGUAAUGUCAUUUGAAUAAACAAAUGAGGCUAUCACAACUAUCCCAGCCACA